AUGCUCUGUUAAAGUUGUCUCUAGUAAAGUCAGUCAAGUCCAAAAAGUCACCAGCAGUGUGUACUGCACCAUGUGGUUACAUUCCAGGUAUUUUUGGCGUAUCACACGGAGCACUACAAUUCAUGGCCUAUGAGGAGCUGAAGAAAGGCUACAGUCAAUAUUUUGGAACACCAAUCAACAAGAAGCUGAGUUCAACUGAGUACCUUGUAAUGGCUUCACUGUCGAAAAUUUUCGCCGCAACAGCGACAUAUCCUUAUCAAGUGGUUAGAGCAAGACUUCAGAAUCAGUACACGAUGGUGGAAUACAAAGGCGCGUUGGAUGUGAUUAGUAAGACUUUCAGGCAUGAAGGAGUAACAGGAUUUUAUAAAGGAUUAAUUACCAGUGUCCUCAGAGUAACGCCAGCAUGUGCACUUACAUUUGUGGUGUACGAAAACGCUAUUCACUUCCUUCUGCCGGACAGAUGACAUCGACAGGAUAAAUGAUGGAAUCCGGCAACGGGAGACGAUGGGCAAUACUACAGCACUUGGUUUUAUUACCAGACUUUAUUCUGCAACAGUUCCGACUGAUUCAUUUAUGGAAAAAAAUAUAUUAACCGAGCGAAGUUAACCGCCCAGUGCGUUUACACA